AUGUCGAAAGUUCCAGUACCGCGCUCACGAUUAGCACACGAUUCACCGCCAGUGAAGAGCAGGAAGGCUCUUGACGAGGUUACAGAGAAGAUCAACCAUUCUCCGAAGUUCAGAAGGAAGCUGGACAGAUCUGAGGCAGAAGACGAAGACGGAGACGAGGGAGAAAUGACAGGGGCUGUGCACAAGAUGGAGAUACAAAAGACAAGGAGAGUACACAGGACCAGUGGUAUACCGAUGUUACAUUCCAGUCAGUUACCUCAACAGAUCAAAGAUCGGGUACGGAGCCUAUCAGAGGCGAGUUCUGGGUUGAAACUGAGAGAUCGUGAGCCCAACACCUCGAGGUUUGCGCUGGUGUCGACACAAGCUCACCAAUCGAAGCGUCCAUGGGCCACGAGGGAUUCGAACCUGGAGUUGAGGUUGAACAAACUGGUUCAGGUGGAGCAAGAGAAAAUCCGAGAGCUGGACAAGAAGAUCAAGGAUGCACGCCAUCAGAAUGAGGGGUGCGAGAAACAGAAGACUUGUUUGAUGAGAAACAUAAGUCGUUUGAAGACCGAAAUCAGUAACACCGAGGUUGGGAUCAUCAACAUUGAUGAGAAGAUGGAGUCGAUGAAGUUGGUAAUGGAAAAGGAAAAAGCGCACGAGGAGCACAUGGUCACUUUGAAGUUGAAAGAAGCCCAGAACCAGAUGCAUAGAGAAUUGGAUGAAUUUAAGUCUAUGAUGGAACAGGAGCUGCAGACUGUCAAGGAUUAUAAAGAUGAAGAAUCUCAAGCUGAAAUUGUCAAAUUGAAACGUGAACUGGACGAGAUAUCAGAUAAAGCGUCGCAUUUGAGACAAGUGAGAGAAAACAGGAUUCAACAAGAGAGAGAAUCGUUACAGCUCAAAUUGGAUGACGUGGUUACUGCGGAGCAAAAGAAAGGUGAACAGAUCACUCAACGCAUUGAAGACAAAAUGACAUUAUUCACUGAGCAAAACGAGGAAUUGGGGAAAGUUCAAGAGGCUAUAAAAUCAAUCACUGAUCGUAUAAAGUCCAUUGAAAGUGAAAAUGCCUAUCAGAUGGAUAUACGAUCAAAUUUCACACAAAGCCAUGAUGAACUAAUCUCCAAGAUCAAUACCCUGCAAGUGGAGAGUGACUCCGUGGAUUCCAAGUUGGCAACUAUAACGCAACAGAAAAAUGAUGUUCACAAGGAGUACCAGAAUGCGUUACAAAAAUUAUGUAAGGAACGUCAUUUCAGAAGGAAAAUAGAGAAUUCCAUUGAAGAUAUAGUUGGGAAACAUAGAGUCUAUGUUCAAGUACCCACCGGUUCACACGUUGAAGACGUUGAAACCGAUCCAUCUUUACAACAGUUGGUAUUAGAUGAUGGGUCCUACUACCAGUUCAACAAAGUAUUUAUAAAAGGCGAUGAGAUGAUGUAUCAAGAAACUUGUUCACUAAUGGAAAAUCUGUUCAACGGAUGCAAUGUUUCGCUGUUGCUAAUAGGGGAUGAUGACAAUACUUCGAAUUUGCUAGGCUCCAUGGUUAACAGUUGUUGGGAUUUGAUCCAAGACGUUGAGCAUAAAUUUAAACAAAGAGGCUGGAACUUUGACUAUUCAGUGCAGAGUGUUAAGGUUGACCCCAAUGGAGUAUUCGAUCUGUUUGACAGUUCACCUUGUGCUGUAAAGGUUGAGAACCGCUCAGUGAUGAUGAGCACAGAACCACGGGAAUUUACCAAAGUCCGUGAACCGUGUAACGAUCCUGACUCAUCCACAUUGAUGAAACUGACUUUGAAGAGUAGGAAGGGUGAAAGAAAUAUCAGUUCAAACGCAUACUUCCUUGAUUUGACUCGUAUAGACGCCUUACCACUUGUUUCGAAGGCCAUAGAUAAGGUCCAAUUACUGAGAUUUGGUACAUUAGAAUUCGAGAAUCCAAUGUAUCAACUCGUACAUCAGUUAUACUCCAACACAAAGGUUAUUACAAUGAUUAACGUCGACAGAGUUGACAAUGAGAAAUGGCUUGACCUGGGACAAUACGUACAAACAGUUGAUGUUGUUCCCGUAAACAGAGUCUAUUCCAAAUGA